AUGCCCGAGAAGGCGUUUUCCGGGAAUCAAGACGUCCUACCCUCAGUAGAGGAUGACGGUCUCGAGACACCGAGCACUGGAGAUGAUUCCGUGUCAAGUCACGAGCCAAGUUUACGCGGUGCACAUUUUGUGCCUGAUGACCAGCUGUGCCUUUCGCCAAUGGCACGCUCACCUCCAGACGCGGCCCUUUAUCCCAAGGUGUCUCCCGAGCCGACCAAGGUAGUCCAACAAUCUAUCGAGACGCCUGAUGAAGUGAUGGGUGACGACCCCGUCUUUAUUAACACUAUCCCAUCCUCGCCGCAUAGUCGGCGUGGCGACGCUACUUCUCCCCAGAAACGUAAAUUCCGAGUCAUCGAAAUCACAGGCGACGAUGAGCACCCUACGAUGCCACGAGAGCCGAAGAGCGAGCCCCGCACUCGGAGCCGAUACUUUACGUCCAGCGAUGCCGACCGCUACCCCGUUUACGUCCCCAGGAGGUCUAGUGGUGGGGCCGUUCGGGUAUCGGUUGAAGGAGACGACGGGUCUCCCAACUCUCGGAGGAAGAGGAUGAAGACCAUUGAUCUCACUGAUUAG